AUGAGGAAGUUCUGGGACAGCUUUUGUGACUUCGACUCCAAGCAGAAAGAUGGCGCGAAGGCGAAAGCCGCCGGCAAUCCUUUCCAGGCAGAAGAAUCUGGUGAGUGGACGGAGCUCGUUGAGAAGUUCUCAACUCGUCGCUUCGAGAUGAUGAGUUCUGUCACAAGAGAGCACAUCGAGAGUGUCGGGAAGACGUAUCGGACAUGUGGCUGCUGUGGGAUGACCGGGAGUGGGCUUCUGGCUUGUGGUGGGUCUCGGAAGGUCAUGUACUGCAACAAGAUGUGUCAGAAGGCGGCGUGGAAAGAGCAUAAGAAAGCAAUCGAACUCAGAAGCCUCGCUGUGAGAGCGAGCGAAGCCAACUUGGCUCAGCUACCACCCGAAAUAUUCGAAUUGAUAGCCAAGAAGAUCGACCGCGUCGACUUACUCUCACUUCGUCAGACCUCGCGAGAGUGCGCAGACAAGGUUUUCAGGACGUACUGCUCAACACUCUUCCCUCGCAUCCAAGUCUCUAUGUCCCACGAAGGAAAGAAUAGUCUAGAUCGAGCCAUCAACAUCGCGCAGCAUCCAGUGUUUGGUGCGCUGAUCAGGGAAUUUACGAUUGCCAUCGAUGAUUGCAUGACCUGCUUCAAGUCGGAGACGAGUCGUCGCGGUGAGGAUGGUCGGGUGCUGCAAAAGCGUUUCAUCAUUCGCCAGAAGCUUGCACAGCUCUUCAAUUCACUUCGUGCCACUGGGAACAACUUUGACGUCCAGAUCCUCGCUCGUCAGGGAUGCAAAUGCAGCGGUCAACAUCACCAGCAACACUGCAGCGACAUGGCGCCAACCACAAGACGCAAUUUGAUCGACAUUUUGGAGCAGAUGAGACGGAGUGAUUUGCCAGUACCAAAUCUGGAGAUUGGAAAUUCGAGAUGGACGUUCACGACACAGAAACUUCGCGAUUACGAGAUUCAAGUGUAUGGAAACGCUUUCCGGAACCUCAAGUCGCUCAAACUGUUCAUCUCGGAGCUCGUCGCAGACACGCAUAACCAAGAUGCUGGCUCGGGGCUACUCAUGCCUGUCAUCGCCGCAGCACCCGACCUUGAGGUGCUUCACGUCAUCCAUGCCCUUCCCGGCUGUGGUGGAUGCAGACUGCGAGGUCUCAACCUCCAUCGGAUAGCGAGCGCCAUCUUCGCAGCUAAAUUUCGCAGCCUGAAGAAGCUCCACCUUGAAAGCCUUGGGAUACGUGGCCGACCAUUGGCUAGCUUUUUAAAGGAGCAUGAAACCACUCUUGAGAAGAUCUCAAUCAAGCGUGGGUUUCUUCGAGUGGAAGAGCUGCACCCAGAUCAGGUGCAGGACAGGACUGCGCUCGAAGUCUUGAAAGAGAUGUCCGGAUUUCAGGGGUUGGAGGUGGAUGAUGUGUUUGAGGAUAGGUUCCAGAAGAGCAAGCGUGCUGCUG